CUCUCCCUCCACCCCCCUUUACUAAUGUUACUGCACCUCCAACCUUCCCUCCCCCAAGCCAGAAGAGUAGAAACAACAAGCCGCCAUUUUGUUUGUGCGGAGAGAGUGAAGAGGCACGAGCGACCGAAAAAAAGCCACUCGAGCGCCGACCACUGCGACUCUGAGCGCCGCCGGCAGCGUUGCGGCUCCGUUCUUACGGAACCACACCGGAGAAAACAGACCAGACGAUUAACGAAAGAAGACGGAGGGAGAUUAUAGAUUAUCCCGUGUAAAAAUCAAAGAACGGACUGGUUUUCCUUUUCUUUUUUUUUAAACGAGGCGGAGAGGCGGAAGAGGGCAAUACAUUUAAACGAAGAGAAGCCCAUCAGGGUAAAAGGGAAAUAACAGCGGCAAAAACAUCCUCGAGACGAAGUGGGGAAAACGGUGAAAUUGCAUCGCCGGUUGCCGGUGGACGACACUGAAAGUGGGGAAAAUAGCAGGAACUGUGCAGGCAAAGAGAGAAAUUUAAAAGGGAUGAACGCGCAGGGGGGUUCACAGCAUCACAAAGCCUGUGAAAGGGGUCUGAGGACCCCCAGAUUUUGGGGGGUGCAGCUGGCAAUAUCACCCGGAUCGGCAGAUGCUUCAGACCCGAAAUAUUACUGAAGCCCACCUCGAUUCGGUUUAUUCCAUUUUCGACUCCACUGCUGGUGGAUUUGUAAUGCUCUGCAAGCCUUGCUGGAUCUUAAUGCAGUGACACAUACUUAUAUUUGCUCGAUUUGUCUGUGCAUUUCAGUACAUGCAUAUGCAUUGAGCAGAAAAUCUACAACUUUACUUAAUUCUCAUUUUGUGCACACGCAAACUGCACGAUUGCAAGAAAACAUCCCCAAUUGGAUACACGUUCUUCUGUGCAUCAGACACCCACUUUUGACUUAUUUCUUUGCAUUUUGCAUGCACAAGCCUAUCGAAAAUAUGGACUAUACAGUGUGCGCAGUGCAUAGUGGUCGUGCUCUCUUGAAGCAAUGGUCAGAGAUUUUCUGCAAACAGUUUUAACCCCCCCUGAGCUCGUGCACUGGACAAAUUCACGCAGAAGGGCGCACGAGCCGUAUUCAGAUGUGAAUGCACGCGUGCACGAACGCAAUAAAAAAAUUAACUGGUCACCUUUCACUUUGAAAGAAAAAAACAAACAUUGGACACUAUUGAGGAAAUAUGCAAAUUCUUUGUGAUAACCUAAAUUAUUAACUCGCGCUUGCAAACUCGUUUCAAUCUCGUUUGUGCACAUUUUCUCUCAAGUGUUUGCACCUAUGUUAUUUAUUCUGCAAAGAGUUUGUGCACAAGACUUCUUUUGGGCUAUUUCAAGGAUGAAAGGAUACACUAACGCUUACAUGCAUACGAUUGCUUACAUUUAAAAAGUCCUUUGCAAUUGACCAUUCUUCAAGUAUUUAUUGUUAUCUACCCCAUUUUCAUUAUUUGAGAGGAAAUAAAGACAUUGAUGAAGGAGAUUAAUACAUUUAUGUCCAUUUUAAGGAGUCUGAUGGACUUUUAAUCUUCCUUCCUAUAAGUAAGAGUGAUGCACGGUGACAAUUGCACAUACUAUAAAGCAAAGAGAGACAUACUGCUGAAUCUUAGUGUUUUCUCAUAAACAUUGCAUGAAGUCACACCGGAGAGAGUUCCUCAUCGUCUCGUACACAACGCCUUAAAAAAAGCCCAACACUUCAGUUCGCCGCCGACAAUGGCGGAAAAGACGGAUGCAAGCAACGAGGAUAAAUCUCGGGAAUAUUGCUCAGUCGCCCAGGAGUCUACGUGAGUUUGCGGCGAGCUUGCAUGACCGUCUGUCCCUCCCUUUAGCCUCCUACAUUCUGAAAUAUAGGCUACUUUGAGGAACUGAAGCGAAGGGAAAAAAAAUCGAAAAGACAGAAAGAAAGGAGGGCUGAAUAUCGAAUCGAGAGAAUUUUGUGGACGAGUCUGGCAUUGCAUUGCACGCAUCGUUCCAUGAAAAGGAAACGGGAAUCCGUCCGGAGCUCGUGAACGUUUACACAUCGGCUUGAGACUCCACAGGAAGGGCUAUAUGCUUGAACAUUAACAUUGGAGGAAAACUAUGGCCGAUAAUGUGCUGGACUCCGGUCCGCCUACAGCUAAGAGGCCUAAAUUGUCUUCCCCGGCUCUGUCGGUCUCCGCGAGCGAUGGAAACGAUUUUGGCUCUCUGUUUGACCUGGAGCAUGAUCUCCCUGACGAGCUCAUUAACUCCUCCGACCUGGGCCUUCCUAAUGGCAUGGACCAGUUGCACACCAGUCUGGGUGGAGGGAUGUCGGGACCCCUGGGCAGCUCAGGCCAGGACACUGCAGCCAAACACAAGCACCUCUCUGAGCUCCUCCGCCCUGGCGGCCCUCCGUCCACCUCCACCCCCGGAAACACGCCCUCCCUGGGGAUGAUGGGAGGUCUGGGAGGCAGCCCUGUCACCCAAGGACUGGGUGGCCCACAGCAGCAGCAGCCUGGCAUGAUGCCACAGCCUGGCAUGGUGAGCAUGAACCGGGUCAUGAUGGGAGCCCAGAAAGGAAACGGACAGCCACAAAGCAUGAUGGGUGGGCAAGUGAUGAACGGUGCCCCCAGAAUGGGCUAUGCUAAUGUGAACAUGAACACGGGCAUGGCUGGUAAUGGGAACAUGUUGCCGGAUUCCCUGCAGCAACAGAAUGCGGGGCAGCAGAUGGCACAGGCGGCAAUGAGACCUCAGCAACCAGGAGUAGUGAACAAGAUGGGAAUGAUGGGGGCUCCGAGCCCCUACAGCAGUUCGUAUGCUCAGUGCGGGAGUCAGUCUCUGGGACCCCAGCUCCAAAAUAAAGCAGCUCAACCCAACAGCAUUAACCAGUUCAACAUGGACAAGAAACCUCAGCACGGGCAGAACAUGGGGGGCAUGCAGAGCUCAGGUGUAGUGGGUGGUGUAUCGGGGCCGGGUGGGGCAGCAGCGCCACCUGCAGCAGACCCAGAGAAACGUAAACUAAUCCAGCAGCAGCUGGUGCUGUUACUGCACGCGCACAAGUGCCAUCGCAGGGAGCAGACCAACGGGGAGGUUCGACAGUGCAACCUGCCCCACUGCAGAACCAUGAAGAACGUCCUCAAUCACAUGACACACUGUCAGGCUGGCAAAUCAUGUCAGGUGGCUCACUGUGCCUCCUCCAGGCAGAUCAUCUCUCACUGGAAGAACUGCACGCGACACGACUGUCCCGUCUGCUUGCCGCUCAAGAGUGCCGGGGACAAAAGGAACCAGCAAUCCCUUUUGGCCGGAGCUGGUAUGAGUAUAGGUGGUCCAUUAGGGGGGUCAUUGCCCGGUGGCCAGCCUUCAGCUCCAAAUUUGAACCCGCCCAGUCAGAUCGACCCAAGCUCCAUCGAAAGGGCGUAUGCUGCACUUGGACUCACCUACCAGGGCAACCAGGCAGCCAAUCAGAAUCAGCAGAGCUCUGUGCCCACUCAACCUGGCAUGAGAACGCUCAACAACAUGGCAGGUGGGAAUCCAAUGGGAGUGAACGGUGGUGUUGGUACGAUGUCAAACCAGCAUCCUGGAAUGCUGCCAGAUGGCAUGAUGCACCGAAACAUGACAGCACAGAGUCUGAUGAAUGAUAGCUCAGGUGUUGGUAAUAUGGCUUCUGGAGCGACGGCCACUCCCCCUUCUGCAGGAAUGAGGAAGAGUUGGCAUGAAGACAUCACACAAGACCUUCGCAAUCACCUUGUACACAAACUUGUGCAGGCUAUCUUUCCCACUCCAGACCUUGCAGCACUGAAGGAUCGGCGGAUGGAGAAUCUUGUAGCUUAUGCACGCAAGGUGGAGGGUGACAUGUACGAAUCUGCCAACAGCAGGGCGGAGUAUUACCACUUGUUAGCAGAGAAGAUUUAUAAGAUUCAGAAGGAGCUGGAGGAGAAGAGGAAAACCAGACUGCAGAAGCAGGGUAUGCCUAACAUGCCCAACAGUGCCCUACCUCAAGCACCAGCCGGCAUGAAUCAGGCACAGCUGCCCAAUGGUCCCCAUUCAGAUCUGUCCCUCCUUCAAGCCCCUGGACCAAACCAGAUGGUCAACAGAAUGCAGAAUCCUGCUGGGAUGAAUCAGUUUUCUCAGGUGGGGAUGCAGCAGCAAAUGGUUCAAAGGGCAACGCCGCCUCUGCCCAUGGGAGCAAAUCUCAAUCAGAUGGGUAUGCAGGGAACACCUCGAAUGGCUCAACCCAGUGUGACCCAGUCACAAAACCAGUACAUGCAGAACCAGUUUCCAGGCACAGGUGCUGGACUGGGCCAGGGUGCGGUCAGCCUGAACCAGACUGCAGGACAGGGAGCCAUGCCACAGAAUCAGAUGUCCACUCCGCCAUCGCUGGGAGUGAGUAGUCCCAUAGCUCAGUCCCAGUCAGUCGUCUCGGGCCCUGGAGCUGCUGUUGGCCCUCAAGGGCCUCCUUCCAACCACCCUCCACCUGUUCAACAGCCAGGCUUGCACUCACACUGUCCUCCUUUACGUCAAAACUCCCCUUCUCCAGCAUGCAGCCGCACCCCUACCCCUGCCCCGCACCAAACGCCCCCGCAGUUGCCGGGUAACCAGACCCCCCAGCCCCACACCCCCACUUCUUCGACCACUAUGGCCCCACCUGCUACACAGCUGCCCUCCGUGGCACAGGGGGUGGGCUCAGAAAAAGCCAAUCAGCUACAGCAGUCACCGCACGGGGGCGGAGCCCCUGGAGGCCCUCAUACAGGACUAGCGUCGUCUGUGCCUUCCCAGAAUGGCCACGGGCUUUGUGCACACCCACACACUCCUCUGUCUCAGAAAUCAGCACUGACUGCAGAUGGUCAGGCAUCGACCCCUGCCUCAGUCAGCAGUGCUGACCCUAGCUCGCAGCUGACAUCAUCUGAACCCACUGCUCAACUUGACCUCAAAACUGAAGCUAAGGAAGAAGAGGAUGAAAAUGAGACCGAAGAAAAAUCCUCAGGGAAAAUGGCCGCCAUGCAGAGUGAGAUUAAGAAAGAGGAGAAAUCAGAGGAGGAGGAGUCUGCAGGUGAUGAAUGUAAGACUGAGCCAAUGGAAACAUCAGACGGGUCGACAGCAGAAGAUAAGAAGCCGGAGGUGAAAACCGAGCCCAAAGAGGAAGAGGUGACAGGGGGACCGAACAGCACCCCCUCAAGCACACAAAGCAAGAAGAAAGUCUUUAAGCCCGAUGAGCUCCGCCAGGCAUUAAUGCCAACUUUGGAAGCUCUGUAUAGACAGGAUCCUGAGUCGCUGCCCUUCCGGCAGCCGGUGGACCCCCAGUUACUGGGAAUACCCGUACGUAUUCGAACUAGUAACAAAACUAACCUGGACUAUUUUGACAUAGUGAAGAACCCAAUGGACUUGUCCACUAUCAAGCGUAAGCUGGACACGGGUCAGUACCAGGAGCCCUGGCAGUACGUGGACGAUGUGUGGCUGAUGUUCAAUAAUGCCUGGCUGUACAACAGAAAGACGUCGCGGGUGUAUAAAUACUGCUCCAAACUGGCAGAGGUGUUUGAACAGGAAAUCGACCCUGUUAUGCAGCAACUGGGGUAUUGUUGUGGAAGAAAGUUGGAGUUUUCUCCCCAGACUCUCUGCUGCUAUGGCAAACAGCUGUGUACUAUCCCUCGAGACGCUGCAUACUACAGCUACCAGAAUAGUUCACCCAAAUAUGGGCUUCUUGCUGACAGGUACCACUUCUGCGAGAAGUGCUUCAAUGAAAUCCAGGGCGAGAAUGUAUCCCUAGGAGAUGAUCCCACCCAGCCUCAAACGUCCAUCAACAAAGAUCAGUUUCAAAAGAAAAAGAAUGACACCCUCGACCCUGAACUACUGCUGGAAUGUUCUGACUGUGGACGAAAAAUGCAUCAGAUAUGUGUUUUGCACAAUGAAACGAUAUGGCCAUCAGGCUUUGUGUGUGACGGCUGUCUGAAAAAAGUCAAUGCAACAAGGAAAGAGAAUAAAUAUGCUGCAAAGAGGCUACCUCAGACAAAGCUGGGUAACUUCCUCGAGACACGAGUGAAUGACUUCAUCAAGCGCCAGAGUCAUCCAGAAUCUGGUGAUGUCACCAUCCGUGUGGUGCACGUCUCUGAUAAGGUGGUGGAGGUCAAACCUGGCAUGAAGUCCAGGUUUGUAGACAGCGGUGAGAUGUGCGAGUCGUUCCCAUACAGGACAAAAGCUCUGUUUGCAUUUGAGGAGAUAGACGGAACAGAUGUCUGCUUCUUUGGAAUGCAUGUUCAGGAAUAUGGCUCUGACUGCCCUCUGCCCAAUCAAAGACGUGUGUACAUCUCCUACCUAGACAGUGUCCACUUUUUCCAGCCUCGUCACCUGAGAACAGGAGUCUAUCAUGAGAUCCUCAUUGGAUACCUGGAGUAUGUAAAAAGAAUGGGCUAUGUCACUGGCCACAUAUGGGCUUGCCCACCCAGUGAAGGAGACGACUACAUCUUCCAUUGCCACCCGUCGGACCAAAAGAUUCCAAAACCCAAACGCUUACAAGAGUGGUACAAGAAAAUGCUUGACAAAGCAGUUGCUGAGAGAAUUAUACAUGACUACAAGGACAUUUUUAAGCAGGCAACAGAGGACCGACUGACCAGUGCGAAGGAGCUCCCAUAUUUUGAGGGUGAUUUUUGGCCUAAUGUGUUGGAGGAGAGCAUUAAAGAGCUACAACAGGAAGAGGAAGAACGGAAGAGAGAGGAGAACAACACCUCUAGUGAAAGCAUUGAUGUGGCCAAUGGUGACAGCAAGACUGCCAAAAAGAAGAACAGCAAGAAGACUAGUAAGAACAAGAGCAGCUUGAGCCGAGCCAAUAAAAAGAAACCAGGCAUGCCAAAUGUCUCCAAUGAUCUGUCCCAGAAACUCUAUGCCACCAUGGAGAAACACAAAGAGGUCUUCUUUGUCAUCCGUCUCAUCGCUGGCCCCACAGCCAAUUCCCUUCCGCCCAUUUGUGACUCUGACCCCUUGAUGGCCUGUGAUCUGAUGGACGGGCGAGACGCUUUCCUAACACUGGCUCGAGACAAGCACCUUGAAUUCAGCUCUCUGCGACGGGCAAAAUGGAGCUCCAUGUGUAUGCUAGUAGAACUGCACAAUCAGAGCCAAGACCGCUUUGUCUACACCUGCAAUGAAUGCAAGCACCAUGUCGAGACCAGGUUCCACUGCACCGUUUGUGAGGAUUAUGAUCUCUGUAUAACUUGCUACAACACUAAAGGCCAUGAGCACAAGAUGGAGAAACUUGGUCUUGGUCUUGAUGACGAGAGCAACAGUCAAGCUGUAGCCUCCACUCAGAACCCUGGCGACUCACGACGUCUCAGUAUCCAGCGCUGCAUCCAGUCACUGGUGCAUGCGUGCCAGUGCCGCAAUGCCAACUGCUCUCUGCCGUCCUGCCAGAAGAUGAAGAGAGUGGUUCAACACACCAAGGGCUGCAAGCGCAAGACCAAUGGUGGAUGUCCCAUCUGCAAGCAACUCAUUGCACUGUGCUGCUAUCAUGCCAAGCACUGCCAGGAAAACAAGUGCCCUGUGCCAUUCUGUCUCAACAUCAAGCACAAGCUUCGUCAGCAGCAGCUGCAGCACAGGCUACAACAAGCGCAAAUGCUGCGUAGACGUAUGGCCACCAUGCAGCGAGUAGGGCAGCCACCUCCAUGUGGAGGUGGGCCUCCUGGAGGUCUUCCAUCACCAGGAAACAAUGGAGCCACAGGUCCUAGCACUCCUAUGUCUGUUGGUACACAGCCUGCAACCCCUCAGACACCCACACAGUUGACACCAAACCAUCCAUCUAUGCCACAGCCUGGUGUGGGUGGAGUCCCAGCUGGAACGCCUCAGCAGCCUCCACAUCAUCCCGUCCACCAGUUUCAGCAGAUGGGAGGUGCAAGUGGAAUGAUGACCUCACCACAACAGCAAAUGGUUCCUCAGCAGCAGACAGGACAACUGCCCCAUCCCCACCCUCAAUAUGGUCCCCGUCCCACUGGUCCUUCCCCCAAUCCACAGUCCCAGGGUAAACCAGGCCUUGGCCCUGCAACUCCUCCUCAACUCCCCAGCAACCCAGGCACAGCUCCUUUGUCUCAGCAACAGCAACCCACAGGUCCUCCGGCUGCUGCUGUGGAGAUUGCCAUGAAGAUCCAGCAAGUGGCAGAUGCACAGCGAAAGAUGGCACAGGUUCAGUUGCUACAAAGACAGGCUGCACAAGCUGGCAUGAUGCCACAGCACCAUCAGCAGCCACAGGGACAGAUAGGAGUAGCCCACCCUGGGAUGGGCAUGGUAGGGGCGCCAGGCUUAGGCCUGCAGGCACAACCAUCAGUGAACAGGGUGCAGAUGGAACAGCAGCAACAGCAAGGACCUCAGGGAAUGAUGGUGGGAGCUGGGCCCAUGCAGCAGCAGUCUCAGCAGGCAGGUGUGCAAGGCCAGAUGCAGCCACAAAUGCAGCUACAGCAGCAGAGAAUGAACCCACCACUCCAGCCUCAGCAGCCACAGUGGGCAGGGCAGGGCAUGCCACCCCAGCAGAGGCCUGCAAUGAUGGGUCAGCCAGGAAUGGUUGCGAUACAGCCCCAAUCACAGCAGCAACAACCACAACCAAUGCUUCAGCAGCAACCACAAAUACCUAAUCAAAAUGCCUUGAUGAGUAUGGUGCAGGCUGGUCUACAGAGUUGUGUAGCAAGUGGGGCGGCAGGGAGCAAUCUGCCACAGGGAGCCUUGCAGGAACUUUUGCGGACACUGCGAUCUCCCAGUUCUCCUCUCCAGCAGCAGCAAGUCCUUAACAUUCUUCGCUCUAACCCACAACUUAUGGCAGCAUUUAUCAAGCAACGGGUUCACAAGUAUAAAGGAGGCACAGGUGGCCCUGCUGGACCACAGGGAGGGCCAGGAUCUUUGGGAGGCCAACCAGUUGGAGUCAAUCCUGGGGCACCUCAGCCUGGCAUGCACCUUGGACAGGGUGUUAACAUGCAGAGCCAACUUUCUCAGCUUCAACAGCAGCAGCAAAUGCAGCAGCAGCAACAAAUGCAACAGCAGCAGCAGCAGCAACAAAUGCAACAGCAGCAGCAGCAGCAACAAAUGCAACAGCAGCAGCAGCAACAAAUGCAACAGCAGCAGCAGCAGCAAAUGCAGCAGCAAAGGCAACAGCAGCAGCAAAUACAACAGCAGCAGCAGCAAAUACAACAACGGCCCCGACUGCAGCAACAGCAAGUUGCUACCUUACAGCAGCAGCAGCAACAACAACAGCAAGGAAUGCAGAGCCAGGGGGCUCCAAACAUGGCCAACCUGAACCCACAGUUCAGAGAUCAGGUAAUAAGACGGCAACAGCACCUACAAUUUCAGCAGCAGCAACAGCAACAACAGCGUCAGAUGGCCAACCAUGCCGGGAUUCAGCAGCAGCAAGGUUACAUGGGUCAGCAGGGUAGCAUGCAAGUACCCUCAGGAGGCCAGCCACUACCAGGGGGACAACCUGGCCCACAGCAGAAUUUUACAGGCAACCCUACGCAACAGCAAGCUGCAGCUGUCUUGCAACAGAGGCUUCAACAGCAACACCAUCUACAGAUGCAGCAGAAUAUGGCAUCGCAAGGUCCCGACAUGGGCCCUGGAGGAGGAGGUCCGCAGCCCAUGCAGGGAGGUCCCGGGCCUCAGACAACACAGGCAUUAUUGCAGCAGGCCUUGCAUCAGCGUAUGCUUCAACAGCAGCAACACCUCAGCAGCACCUCACCGGCACAACAGAACAACCCCAUGAGCCCGCAGCAACAGAUGUCUCAGUCGCCCCACCUUCAGAGCCAACAGCACCAGUCCUCCCUCAGCAAUCAGGUCUGUUCACCUCAGCCCUCCCCACGACCCCAGUCCCAGCCACCACACUCGAGUCCAUCCCCACGGCUGCAACCACAGCCCUCACCUCACCACAUCUCACCUCAGACAGGUUCUCCACAUCCCAGUCACAUACAGCAGCACCACUCUGGCAUGGCUCCACCGCCUCCUCCCCAACAGCCACAGCACAACUCUAAGGACCCAGGCGUGUUUGGGGCAGAUCAGAACGCCAUGCUGUCUCAGCUUGGUGGCAUGGUGGGACUCCACGGACCCGGAGCUAAUGAUAUACUGCCCUCAAGUGGCCAAGACCUUGGCAUUAACAUGAAUCAUAACCCUUUAGACAUAUAGUUAUUACACAAUUCACAAAACCUCACAAGAGACAGUGUUAGUUUUUUUAUACUACAGGGAUGAAUUAUUAGUGUUUUCAGUAUAAAUGAAUUGAAAGUGGACCCUCCACGAGAGACAAAUAAGUAUGGGGGUGAAAGAAGUAAUGGUAGUUUUUGUUUUUAUUUUAUUUUUUUUACCUUUGCCAGUUGUGUACAAAGAAUUGUUUCUCAGCCUCAGAUAACAAACCACAAGUAAUAUUUUCGAUGUCAGGUCCAGGGGAGUACUUACCUUUUUCAAGAGAUAUUUUUUAAGAUUUUAAAAGUGGUAUAAAGUUAAAGCGCAAAUGAUUUAAUUCUAAGGACUUUUUAAAUAUUAUCUCACGGCGUACCAGUCUCUGUUACAUGUUUUACAGAGCGAUGUGGAACAUUUCAAACAUUGUUGUGAUUCCUAUAUUGUUACUAUAAUUAUUCAUACAAACAUCAUGCAUAUCUUCCUUGUAAAUUUUGAGUUUUGCAUUUUAUUUAUUCUAGCAUUUUCAUUCGUCAUCAUGAUGGAUUUUGUUCAUGUGUGUUCCCAGAGACUGCUACAGUUCACAUAGAAUAUAUUUUUGUUGAUACCUAUUAAAAUGGGGAUCUAUUCCUUUACUUAAGCUGGAGAUUUAGGUUAUUGAGUAUAAUAUAAAUUACAGUGUUGGGGGAUUGGGUUAUGGUGUGUGCGCUGCUGCCCAGUGGAUCUUAUUUCAUGCCAUAUUGGAAAUGUCUAACCAUUGGACAUCACCGUUUUUGAAAACAGGACAAGUUCUUGGACGCACACACCAACCCUCAGAAUGUGUGUGCACUCCUUUUUAAGACUUACUGGAUAGUGGUGGUGUAUCUCUACAGGUUGGACGAGAGAAAGUUGUGUGUGUGUGUGUGUGUGUGUGUGUGUGUGUGCGUGCGUGCGACCAUGUGGAUGUGGUGCUGGAGUUUAUCUGCUCAUGCCAAUGUCCUAUUGAGCAGCAUUUCACAUAUGAACUAAAUGACUGUGAAACAAUUGAGAAGGAGAUUGUGCCACUGAUUUCACUUUGUUUUCGUACUUCUCUCUCCAGUUCUGCUCCUAAUUGUCCUCCACUUCCAGAAUUUUGUUUGCUCUGAACUUUGGGACUUUCAUUUGAAUAUUUUGUACUGUACAAAGGAAACACAAACUGUGGACUUCAUACUUUUUUUUUUUUUUUAAUAAAAUGAAGCUAAAUUUCA